UAUUCUGUCGGAAACGCAGAAGAAGAAGAAUAACAACAACCGUUUUUGGCUUACAAAUAGGGCACAUCGUUCGUGUUGUGUUGUUGUGUAGACUUUUAUAUUAACUAUGUCGAUUUAGCUCACAUUUGCAGCAACGUAACGUAUUAGCUACUGUCGUUCGGACGUUUUUAUCCCAGUACACUACCAUGCAGCUGUUAAACUAGCUUGAGUCGUGGAGUACAGAAGCGAGUUUCUCAAAGCAAAGCACUUGUUUUUACACGUUGACGGUAUUAUUAUUUAAGUCUUCCUCUCGUGUGUCAUCCGUGCCCAAUGGGGUUCAAUAAGACGUACAUCAGUAUCGGGUAUGCCUCUUUGGGCAUGUUUAUAGGAUUCUCUGCGUUUCUCGUGUGGAACAUCGCGUACAAACAAUCAUGGACAGCUGCAAUGGGAGGAUUAUCAGGUGUGCUGGCUUUCUGGGCCCUCAUCACCCACAUCAUGUACUUGCAGGACUACUGGCGUACCUGGCUGAAGGGCCUCAAGUUCUUCCUUUUCAUGGGUGUCUUCUUUGCCCUUCUGGCAGUGGUGGCCUUCAUCACCUUCCUCUCCCUCGCCAUCACCAACAAAGAGUCACUGACCGACCCGAGGAGCCUGUUCCUGUCGGGCGUGUGGAGUUUAAUGACCCUGAAGUGGUCCAUCCUGCUGGCCCUCUACUCCCAUCGCUACCGCAAAGAGUUUGCUGACAUCAGCAUCCUCAGUGACUUUUGAUAAGGGCCAUUGAACCCCUCUAUAGUGAGGGAAUGAGUACCAUGAUCUCCACCUAUGCCCGGGCCUCCUCGUUUAGGUUAACCCCUCUUUUCCUAUGUCUGUGAAAUCAAAUCAACGUUAAUUUGUCACGUGCACAGGAUACAACUGGUGUAAACAGUACAGUGAAAUACCUGCAAGCUCUUCCUUAACAAUGUAGUAUUCAAUAUCAAAGAGAAAGAAAUAGAACAUCCACAAUAGAAUCUUAAAAAGCUCACAGAAACAGGGAAUGCUCAGCGCCUGCUAGCCAGUCUAUCCUCAAGUUCAUCCCUAUUUUAUACUGUUUGUGGAUUUUACUGUCUUCAUAUACAUAUGUAUGUGACACUCUUGUCUGUGUUCCUGUUGUAUGUCCUCUAAAGUUGUUUUAGUCAUAUGCCAAUAUCUCUCUUUUUAUGAGAUUAGGGGUUCUUAUUUGAUGAAUUUGUAUCUAACCCUUGAUGAUCAUGUACAUCUACCUAUGAUGUUUUUUUUACUAUCUAAUAUAUAUAUUAUUCCUUCUCUGAUUUAUUUGUGGUUAUGAUACAGAAUUGACUUCCAUUCUCUUGCCACAAGGGGGCGUCACUCCAUCAAAUGCGUUGGCUGUUGGAAAAUGUUUGUUUUUAGAUGGAAAAUGUUUGUUUUUAGAUGGAAAAUGUUUGUUUUUAGAUGUAAGCCUAUCUCAGAAUUAAUCUCAGUGUAGUAUAACUGUACUCUACCUGCACAAAUCAUAGAACAUCAAUUCUAGACAACAAUAGGACACAUCACAGGCAUGUUUGGGAAAUCCAAGUAGUUGGAUUUUAGUAGGACUCUAUUCUGUGUUAUCUGUUUUUGCACUUUGUGCUUGGGUUCAUAAAAACUUACUGUCACCUGCAGUGAUGUGACAAAGCCACUACAUUUAGUUCGUUGGGUCUCAACACUAUUUGGAAACACUUUACUUAAUGCUGACAGGUAUAAUGCAUUUCUUUAUGCAGCUAUAAUACUUUGUAAGACUUAUCAUAAGACUUGUUUGACCCCCUUUAUAAAGUCUUAUAGCGUUAUACCUGCCAGUGUUAGCCACUAUCACAGCAUCCCACCACCACUGUAUAAAAUGAUUAUAUGAAGAAAGAUUGUACUACCAUCCCAUAAUGUAAGAACUGCUUUUAUAACAUUUGCAAAUCAAUUUCAAAUGUCUCUUUUUAGUACUCAUGGUAUUUGAAUGGAGAUAUUUCGCAGCAUUUUUAUUAUUGCCAUGAUGGGAAGUUGUCAACAAAGUGAGCGAGGACCGAACCAACGAUGUCACAAGUGUGAGAGGGGACCAUUAGGGCUUAAUAAUAUGAGCCUUUGACCAAUUUUAUUCCGAUAAACGCUUUGACUCCCAACACAAGGACCCGAGUCCGAAAAGGUACCCUACUCCCUAGAUAGUGCACUACAGACGGACCAAGGACUAAUUGCGUGAAUGCUUCAGUAAUCCUAAACAUUUGUUUGUUGCUUCUCCGAUCCAAAAUAUUGGUGAUCAUCAUACUGCUGCUUGUGGAGAUUAAUUUGAUCCUGUUCUUCCUUUUUCCUUUUUAAAUGUCUGUUGUUUCUAUGUGAGCUACCACAUCUAGCAUAUUGUAAUAAUGAAACAUGACAUGAUGUAUAUCCUCUUGCGAGUGUGUGUAGGAAUGUAUGUCUGUUGUACAGGUAUGUAUGUGAGAGCCAUAUUAAUAAAAUAUAAUUGUAGGACA